AUGGCCACACGAAUAUCGAAUGCUGAUAAAGAGAAUGCGAGCAUCGGAGUACGUGGGAAAGGUUUAGGAGUCGAUGUGAGGCAAAAACAGCAUAAUUUGGUUGAAUCGCAUCCCAGCAAGACAUUUCAUUUACACAAGACGCCCCUUAAGGCCCAGAAGCCAAACGGCCAGAAAAAGUCGAUUCUGGAUGGCAACUUUAAGGGUUUAAAGUCUCAGCAUGGACUGUUUGAUGAUUCGCUGGAAUUUGGUGGGGCGUCGCUGCUGUUCACAAGCGCUAAGAAACCUGCUGCUUCAGCAGAUCUGUUCGGUUUGCACAGGGGAAGAAAGAUUACCGUGCAAAAAGACUCGCCUUUGUUCUCCAGCAGGAGAAAAGAAUUAGUUAUGUCAUCACCCGAGCUCGAAACAGUCCCAAAGGUGAAUUUGAUAUCCAAAUUGGCUGAGGUUGAGCAGGACGAAAGCGACGAUUCGCUAGAACUUGAUCUGCCAUCUUCAAAACGGCUCGAGGAGAUGGAGGAGAUCCCGGAUGGUUACGAACCUUUUGACAAGGAUUUGUUGUUCAAACUAUAUGCCCCAGGCCAGCAGGUUAGGUUCGUGGAGGAUAUGAUUUCAGAAGACGACGAAACCGAAAAACUGGAAGCGGCUCUCAAAGUUGAGUUUGAUGACUUGAAAUUCGACCUCAGCUUCUCUGAGGAGGAAGAAGUUGCUCCUGGAGUUCAUCAGGUUACACCAGGUUUGAGGUCGAGGCCGCGGAGGUUCAUGGCUAGUACAUCUUCUUCGAGACAUAAGAUAGUGGGUAAGAGCCAGAGGACGAGGAGGUGA